GGAAGGAGAGGGUGACGUAGCAAAGGAGCAGGGCGAGGAGGGAGAGGAGAAGAGGGAGCAAGCGGGUAAGGAUCAGGAGGCGGAAGGGGAAGGGGAAGGGGAGGACGGAGCAGGUAGUGGGGGAAAGAGAGGAGGGCGUGAGGGCGAGGGUGAGAAGAGUGAAGGUGAGGUGGAAGAAGAGGGGGAGAAGAGAAGGGAGGAGAGGAUGGGAGAAAGAGAGGUGGGGAUGAAGGGGGCCGCGGACAGGGAGAUGCCACAAAGUAGAGCUGCUUCUGAACCUGCCCUCGCUGGAGCCGAAGGUGCAAGCUCUGUUGCUGCUGCCUCUGCCGCCACAGCAGCAGCAGCACAUGCGCUUUUGACUCAUGGCAACAUGGCAGCUUCUUCACAUGCAUCAGCAGCACACGAGUCAGCAGCAGCAGCACUGAGGGAGGGUCCAGAAUCAGGUGAAGCAGCAGCAGCACCAUCCGCUGAGGCAGCACCAAUGGCAGAAGACACGGUAGCAGCCACGGCAGCAGCAGCAGCCUCCUGUCAUCCACAGGAUGUUGCCUGUGCCCCUCCCUCUCCUGCUUUUGCCCUCCCUGCUGCCGCUCCUGUGGUUGCUGCCCCUGGUGCUGCCGCCACUGCCAGUGGCACGCCUGGUGCUGCUGUGGUAACCGCAGUAGUGAGUGGGGACAAUGGAAGUGGGGACGGUGUGAGUGGGGAAGGUGGGAGUGAGGACGGGGCUGCAGGGCCCCGUGGUGUGAAGAGGAAGGCGGGUGGGGGUGAGGAGGGAGAGGAGAGUGCAGGGCAUGCGGGAGGAGCAGGGAAAGGGUCAGGGAAGAGCCGGCGUGUGGGGGGGGAGGUGCUAGUGGGGCAAGGAGGAGGGCAAGAUGGGGCAGGUGGGGAUAGUGGGACGGGAGGGGGUAGUGGGGCAGGUGGGGAGAAACGGGAGCAGGCAGGAGGUGAAGGAGACGGUGGGAUAGGUGGUGCAGGUGUGGAGAAGCAAGUGUGUGGCGACCCAGGCGAGAGUGCCAGUGCGGUGGGAAGUGGUGGCAAUGACAUAAAGAUGGGCGGCGCUUUGUCACAAGACACGCUUGAUGCGAGUGGGAGGGAGGGGGUGAGAGAAGGUGGGGGGGCAGUGCAGGAGGGAGUAAAGGAAGCAGCAAAGGAGGGUGGGAGAGUGCAGAGUGAGGCGGAGAGGCGGGCACUGGAGCUACUGGCGAGGCGUGGCCUGGGGGAGGCGGAUCUGAAGGCGCUAGGGGAGAUGCGACUGGGCGUGGGGGGGAGGCGGGGGCGCGGCAGAGGCAGAGGGGGCCGAGGGGGAAGCAGAGGUGGUGGGGGGAUGGGGAGGGGCGGUGGGCGGGAGGCGAGGGAAGGGGGAGGUGGCGAGUUUGAGCUGCUGCUGCGUCUGCCAGAUGACAUGCGGCCACAGGUGCCAGUCAACCUGCACAGCCGCGUCCCCACACCCAUCCGCCAGGUGCGCCCCUCCGCCAGGUGUGCUGCGCCCAUACGCCAGCCACAACGGCCUUCUCCCUCUCUUUACCACCUCUCUCCCCCAUCUUCCCCUCAUUUCUUCCCUUCUUCCCGCGUCCACCCCCCAUCACCACCGCGGAGGCACGUGAGUCUGUGGGUGAAUCACCACCUGCGGGCCAUCCCUGGCAGCGCCAUCGGGCGCAACGACCAGACAUGGGCAGCGAUAGCAGCGGGCGUGGCAGCAGAGAGGGCACUCUUCACCCAGGCGCCCAACAAGCGCGCCUACCUCUCCCUCUACGCCCGCGCCCUCGCUGCCGCUCCCACCAACCUCAACACUUCCUCCUCAAUUCUCUCCGCUGUUCCUGCUGCCGCUGGUGCGGGUUCUUCUGCCAGAGCUGCAUUGUCCCCAACCAAAGCUGCUCCGUCCCCAACCAAAGCUGCAGGUUUGGCAGCCAGCGUUGUGGAUGAGGCUAGGCCGAUUUCCAUAGCUGAUGCGUUGGCUCGGGCAUCGGUGGCUCGGGCCCUCCGAGCCACAGGCUUGGAUGGGCCGACACCCCCGGGAUCUCCUAAGAGGGAGGAGGCAGGGCAGGAUAAGGGACAGCAGGGGAAGGAUGGGGAGGGUGAACGGGCUAAGGUCAGUAUGCAGGGAGAGCAGCAAGGAGGAGAGGCAGAGAGGGAGGCAGAGAUACGGAGAGCAGCAGGGAAGAGUACCGGCGCAGCAGUGGGCGAUGGUGGUCAGAAGAGUGAGCAGGGCGAGCAGGGGCGGGUGGAAGGCGCAUGGCAGGAGGGACAGGAGGGGCCGGGGGAGAGGAGGCAAGUGGGGGGCGGGGCGAGUGUUGAAGCGUUGGUGGAGGCAGUGGCAGCCCCUGGGGGAGGGGAGGGCGAUGCAGGGGAGGUUCUGGAUGGGGACUGUGGAGCGAGUGCAGGUAUACGCGAGGGGGGUGGAACCCUUGGCAGUGAGUGGAGCAAGGGGCGUCACACGUCUGCUCCUCCUCUUGCGGCCACUGCUUUUGCUGUUGCUGUUUCUGCGGAUGCUUGUGGUGCGGGUGGGAGUGGCAGUGAGGGGGCAGGGAGGGGUGCGGUGGGUGAGGGGGGAGGCGGGGCGAGCAGCACCGCCGCUCUGCCAGCUGGCAGCCCCGCCUUGCCAGCUGGCAGCACUGCUGAUUCAGCCCAGCAGGGACACGGGAGGAAAGACCCCGUUUUAAACCAGGUACAUCCGUACCCCUUCUCCUUCUCGUCAUCACCCCUUUCCCCACGCCCCCCCACCCCUUUCCUCGUUUCCUUUCUUCAAUCCCCACCCCUCUCUCGGCUCUUCUUCAUGACUGCAUGCCCACCUUGUCCUGCCAUCCACAUGCCUGCCACCUUGUCCUGCCAUCCACAUGCGUGCCUCACAUCUGCCCCUCCCCCACCCCUUCCCGACGCAGAGCAGCGGCGCUGGGUAGCAAGCAAGGCAGCAGGGAAGGUGAUGGAGCGGCACGGGGGGGCGCGGUCAGCCGCCUUCCUGGUGAAGGAGGGCGAGGACGUGUGGCGCCUGGCAGAGCGCUACCUGCGCACCUACCAUGUGCGCUUCUCCAAUGGGGGCAAUGCACCCCCAACCUCCUCCUCCCCGCCGGCUGGCUGA